AUGCUCGCCACGAAGAUCCUUUCUGUGCUCGCCAUCGCGCUGCCCGUCUUUGCUGCGCCCGUCGCUGGUAGGUCCAUGAGAACAGACUACCAUACACGGGCUGAUACUGACCUUAAACGGUUUCUUCCUUCCAUCUUGGAAGACUCUGCCUCCCCCGCGGCCGCCAUGGGCUUUGACAAGAGGACGCUCCAACGCGAGGCUUCGUCGCGAAUCGCCCUCGCCCGAGCACGCGCCGCCCGCAAAGCCAAGCGCUCCGUCCGAGCCUCAGAAUCCAAAGACUUGGCUACGCGCAACUUUGAGGACGCUUACUCUGCGGUUGGUCUAACUCGACGAGACUUUGAGAGCCAAGCCUUGAGCAAGCGAUCGCAGCCGAGGAUUCGUUGCCGACUUGGCCGAGAGGGUGAGUUGUGAACUCAGCGUUUGUCGCGUGCACAGUGGACAACCUUGGCAUGGAGAGGCUGACUCUAGCAUAUGUUUUUUCUUACUCCACUGCUCCCAGCUAACGCCCAAGCCAACGCGGACGCCCUCUGUGUUCGUCAGCUCCGAGGCAAGCUUUCGUACGACCCCAAGGUCGCGACCGUCACCUGUGACCAAGUGUGCACCGUCAGCUGCCCGAAGGGAUACACCUCGCAGAUCACCGAUAGAUCCACGGCUUGCAUCAAAAACGUCGACAAGUGCAAGAACAAGACUUGCGCCCAGAGCGAGAACGGUGUGUCCGGCUGCGCCGACGGAAAGUGCACGCUCCAAUGCACCACCCGCGGCUACACCCUCAGCAAGGACAAGACCGCGUGCCUCGCUUUCGGCUCCGACCCCCUCAACUGCGGACGUGUAAGUCGGCUAGAACGGACACUUUCAGCAUCAUCGAAAAAACUUUAUUAAACACCUACUGGUGAUUGGCAUACACAGGAAGGCAAUAAGUGCGGCGCCUCGUACGACAGAAAGUACGCCGCCUCUUGCGUUACGGGCGAGUGCAGCCUUGGUCCGUCAUUCUCUUGCAUCUCCUAUGGGACCACGUCCACCAUCAGGGACUGACCACUUCCCUCCCUCCAUAAACUUUUACAGAUUGCCCCAGUGGGUUCAAGGCGGGCACCAACAAGCGCAGGCAAAAGACUUGCGUCAAGGCUUGA